UAACAUUAUUCUGCGGCUUCCUCGGAGUUGAAUGCACCAGCGCCUUGAAGUUGAAGAAGGUAUUGUGCAGUGCAGCAGGCUGUUCAGCAUAAUGUGAGCCCAUUCGCAGAAGAUGGCGCCAACAGACGUGCCUGCGUUCUCGGGUCCACUCUCCACCGUAGUCCCUGUUGUCAACCAUUGGUCGGACGCUUCGAUGCUUACUCCGCACGAGCCCAUUCGAGAAGAUUUGGUCCGUAUGGAGCGUCUGCUGCAGGCGCCCUUCUUUGAUGGGACGCAGCCCUGGAAGGUCGCAGCGUUCUUCAAAUGGUACAAUGAAUGGUUCUCUUUCACCGUUAACCACCACCACAACAUUGAGGAGACCAUCUUCUUCCCCGCUGUGAAGGCCCGCUGCGGCGAGAUCCCUGCUCGCAUGUCCACCGAGCACGAGGGGCUAAUUCAAAUGCUGCAAGAUAUCAGUUCCAUGGAGGUGCGUUUCAAGCCGCUCACGGAGGGAUCCCCCGAGCUGCCGCUGAGUGAGAGGCGAGUUUUGGCAGAGGAGCUCAGGCAAAAGGUCGCCCACAUGGCGGCGGAACUGAGGGAGCACCUCGACGAGGAGGAGCGCUUCUUUACCCCCGUGGUCAAGGAACAUUUUACCAAGGAGGAGCAUCAGCAGUUAGUCGCUCAGGUCAUCAAGGCCCACGGCCUGAGCGGGAAUGUCAAGAUGUGCCCCUGGGUCGUUCACUCCAUGUACAAGUGGGCGGGCAAAGACUACGUCGAAAAGGAGUUCCGGCCGGGCAUGCCGGCGCCCGUCAGAUUCCUCCUCGACUACUUCUGGUAUCCGGCGUAUGUCAAGCACGGAGUGCACGACCUGGACGUGUUGAAGCUCGAAGCCGACCCCAAGACGAGCGCUGGAAAGGUUUUCUGGAGUUUCGGGGGAUGAUCUUUUCUGAGUUGGUGCGUUUGGUGGAACAUUGUGCUCGGGGUGCUCCGAACUGGGUGGUGGGAUUCUAGGAUUUUGAGGAUUAUGUGUUGUGGCUAUGUUACGUGUCUCAGUGUGACAUUAUGCAGUAGGACACAGCGUUAUUUAUUUGACAGAUGUAUAUGAAGCUUAUGGCAGGCGGCCUGCGUUUGGAUAGGUUGUUCAUUCUUUCUGGAGCCUUGACCCUCCUUGUGGGAAGAAAUAUUGGUUUGAGAGAUUAGUAGAUGUAGGUGGUUAGACUUUAGACUUGCGGGCUUGUUUGAAACCAGUAGAAAGGCUUAGCGAUCUAGACUUGAGUGGCUAAGGGGCCGUCAAAGGUAUAAGUGAAUAGAGCAGAUUUGAGACAUAUGUGCGUAUACUGUGUAUGGUUGACAGUGUCAAGAUUGACACUGAGUCUUUCCUUCUUUGCAACCUUGAUUGUGUAUAUAUUCUGUCGUUCGCAUGAUGAUGCC